AUGCUUGCGACCUCGACGCGGCCUGCGCCCAAUGCAGGUCGCAACGGCAACGGAAAAGCUGCCUACCACACCGUGACCGCGCUGAAACGAUGGUCAUGCGAUGACAACGACUUGCCUGCUAUGACUGAUAUCAAGUCCAUCCACAUCUACGACUUCGAUAACACGCUGUUCGCAAGUCCACUGCCUAAUAAGCAGAUCUGGAAUGGCCCUACCGUGGGCCAACUCGCAUCACCCGAUGUGUUCAUAAAUGGGGGUUGGUGGCACGACUCAAGUAUACUGGCAGCGACCGGUGAAGGCGUCGAGAAAGAGGAGGCACGCGCCUGGAAGGGCUGGUGGAACGAGAACAUAGUACAGCUCGUGGAGCUUUCUAUGCAACAAAAAGACGCGCUGAGCGUACUCCUUACCGGCCGCUCGGAACAUGGCUUCUCCGAGCUGAUCAAGCGCAUUGUACGAAGCAGGAGUCUGAAGUUCGACAUGGUUUGCCUCAAACCGAGCGUGGGGCCUGCUGGUCAGAAAUUCACAUCGACUAUGAAUUUCAAGCAAGAGCUGCUGAAGGAGAUCGUGUACACAUACAAGGAAGCAGACGAUAUUCGGAUAUACGAGGACCGCGUCAAGCACACUAAAGGUUUCCGCGAUUUCUUCUUCCAGUUCAACAAGGAUUUGAUGAGCGGACAACUCCCUACUUCACGAAAGGCUAUCGUGGCGGAAGUUGUGCAGGUGGAGGAGAAUGCCACUCAGCUCGACCCAGUCACGGAAAUCGCAGAGAUCCAGCGCAUCAUCAACUCUCACAAUCUGCAGGUCAGGGCCGGCACCACACCACCCGGAAUGCCGCCUUAUCAAAUCAAGAAAACCGUGUUCUACACUGGCUACAUGAUAGCAAAGGAUAUGAGCGACAAAUUGGCUUCUUUAGUGAAGCUGCCCCAGGGCACUCCAGAAGGUGACGUUCGAUACCUUGCGAAUAGCAUUCUCAUCACACCAAAACCCGCUCCGAAGAGCAUUCUCGACAAGGUGGGAGGCAUUGGUAACAAGGUAGUCUGGAAAGUAACGGGCAUUUCAAGCUUCGAGAACAAGCUUUGGGCAGCGCGCGUGGAGCCCAUCCCCAAGGCUACGAAAUUCUAUUCCGAGAACCCUAGCCCCACCGUGGUCCUCGCCAUUAGGAAAGGCGGACGGCCAGCGGACGCGGCCCGGAUUCAGAACUGGCACCCUGUGGCCGAGGAGGAAGCGCACAUCUUCGAGAGCGUCGUUGGCGAGAAGGUGGUACUGCGGAUUGAAGAGGAGCAUGCGAACGAGAGUCAGUACGAGAGCUACUUCCCCAACAGAGGAUACAAUAAGCGAGCGCACUCUGAAGACGGAAACGGCCGAGCUCAGCAGCAACGGCCCAAAGGCCCCGGAGGCUACCGGGGAGGUAACCGCGAUCGCGGACACGGUGGGUAUAGGAACCCUUCGUAUGGCGCGAGAGGUCGAGGCGGCGGUGGCUUUCGUGGUGAUCGCGGCGGGCGAGGUCGUGGCCGGGGCGCUCCUUCGUCGAGCUAUCGGAGUCUUGACGAUGUUGACAGGAAUGGUCCGGGCCAAGCCGGCCCCGAUUCGUAUUACUGA